CAUCUGGAAAUGACUGUGUUGUCCCACACUGCCCCACUCAACGCUAUCUCAGCCUCUCAACACUUCCAGCCCACGUCGACGCCUUCUCCCCCAUUGCUCCCCUCAACGCCCAUUUGCCACCAAUUUAUUCCAUCUUUUAUAUAUUUAUUUUACUCUACCAUAUUUUCUCGAUAAGAACCAAACCAAUCUAAACUAGAAAACAUAAAAAAUUUCCCAAAAAAAAUCUUUUGUUUUUGUCUAAGAAUUUUGAUUCGAUGAUCCAAAAGAAAAAGAAUUUUGAUUCGAAGGUGACGUUUAAAACCAACAAUGUCGCUUCCCGUAUUUUCGAGCGCCAAAUUCGCACCCCUGCACCAGGAACCAGUAUUCAUUGCGCUAGAAGAUUUUACGAGAAUUUAGUUCCUGGUUUCACGAUAUACGAUUUGGAAUGCCCCGACAAUUCGUUUUUUAAGUUCACGGAUGAUGGGCAGUACUUUGUGAGUUUCAGUAGGAACCGUCAGGAUUUGAUUGUUUAUAGACCGACGUGGCUUUCGUACUCUUGCAAAGAAGAGGAUUGUGAUAAUACCCAUGAACUCCCUCCCCAAGCUAAGAAGUUUGAGAGUUUCUUCACGCAGUUAUAUGUUCGAUCACUUGCUUCCUGCAACGAGCUUAUAUGUAAAGACUUCUUUAUCUACAUGGAGAGUAAUCAAUUUGGAAUUUUCGCCACUUCCACUGCUCAAAUUCAAGAUGCUCGUGCCUCGGAUGGAGCAAUCCUUGGGGUCCCAUCGUUUGAAAAAAUCACUAUUCACCUAUUGAGGUUGCAAGAUGGGGUUAUACUAGAUGAAAAGGUAUUUCACAACGAUUGUGUCAAUUUUACCCAUAAUAUGGGUGCCUUCUUGUAUGAUGAUCUGCUUGCGGUGGUGUCGCUUCGUUACCAAACAAUACACAUUCUUCAAAUCAGGGAUUCUGGGAACCUUGUUGAUGUGAGAGCUAUUGGUGCAUAUUGUCGGGAAGAUGAUGAGCUUUUUAUAAAUUCUAGUUCUCAGUUAUCAGGAAAUCGUGGAGACUUUGCAGAUAAUGGUAUAAAUCAAGACCAGCCUAAUUCAAACAAUUCUUUUUUGAGUGGUAUCAAACAACGCUUGCUUUCAUUCAUAUUCCGAGAAAUAUGGAGUGAAGAAACAGAUCAAACCCGGAGGGUCCAAUGCCUGAAGAAGAAGUUCUAUUUCCAUUUCCAGGACUAUGUUGAUUUGGUGAUCUUGAAGGUGCAAUUCUUGGACCGGCAUCAUCUGCUUAUCAAGUUUGGCAGUGUUGAUGUGGGGGGAUCACGAAACACUGAUCAAGUUCCUGCAUUCUUUGCUGUAUAUAAUAUGGAGACAACUGAAAUUGUUGCAUUCUAUCAGAAUGCAGCAGACGAGCUUUACCUUCUCUUUGAACGUUUCUUUGACCAUUUCCAUGCAACAUCAACAAAUUCGAUGUAUAUGAAUUUCAUAUCUUCUCACUCAAAUAAUAUUCACGCUCUGGAACAACUAAUGUGCAUGAAGAAUAAAGCCACCAGUGCCUCACAGUUUGUAAAGAAGAUGCUAUCCUCGUUGCCUUUAAAUUGUCAAUCAAUGAGUCCUUCUCCCUACUUCGAUCAGUCUCUCUUCCGCUUCGAUGAGAAGCUAAUCUCUGCAACUGACCGGCCCAGACAGUCAACGGAUCAUCCCAUCAGGUUCACUUCUCGGAGGCAACCAAACAGUCACAAAUUUAAGAUCAAGACAGGCCCAGAAUUCGGUAGCGCGGAUGGUCGGAGCAAAAGGUAUUCACAUUUCUUGUUCCAUCCUUUUUUGCCUUUGGCUCUCUCCUUCAUCCAGCCAUCUCUGUUCUUGCCGCCGUCAGCGGUGAAUAUUCACUUCCGGAGAUAAUCUGUAAGUAUCUGCUUUGAUGGCCACGAUCAUCCCCCUGUUUUUUUUUUUUUUUUUUGAUAAAUGUCCUGAGCUAGUUUUGUAGUUGAUAUUAUAAUUAUUAUGUAUAUUUGAUACUUAGACAGUUGCUAAUUGAUGACUUGAUGCUCACUUAUAGAUGAUUGUAACCCUACCCAAACUGUAAAAAUAUAUGCUGCUUUA